GCCGUAAGCAAUGUCCCCAGAGCGGCCCAGGGAGGGACCGAGCAAAGUCACUGAGCCACCUUCUCGCUGUGCCGCCGUGAACAGCUGUUGUACAGCGGCCGCUGCUUGGCUCCCUGUAAAGUAGCAUGCGGGACGGGAGCAGCUGGGAGCGGGACGAGCCCAGAGUGGAGUGAGAAGGAGCGGAGAGGACAGAGCUGCGCUUCCGCACCGCAUGUUCAGCCAGCAAGUUGCCUGACAGAACAAAAGUCGCGUCGACGGGGAAAGGGGGACAGACGCUCUCGGAUUUACCAGAGGUUUUGUGGGACACUUGUUUGGACAAAAUGAAAUUCGCGGAGCAUCUAUCGUCUCAUAUCACCCCAGAGUGGAGGAAACAAUAUCUUCUAUAUGAGGCCUUCAAGGAUAUGCUGUAUGCAGCCCAGGACCAAGCCCCAUCCAUAGAAGUUACAGAUGAAGACACAGUAAAGAGAUACUACGCUAAGUUUGAAGAGAGGUUUUUCCAGACAUGCGAGAAGGAGCUCCUGAAAAUCAACACAUUCUAUUCAGAAAAGCUUGCUGAAGCCCAGAGACGCUUCGCAACACUGCAAAAUGAACUGCAAUCAUCAUUGGACGCCCAGCGAGAGAACAGCGCUCCGCCCAGCCUGCGCAAACGCAAGACAAUGUUCCACCUGUCGCAGGAGGAGCGCUGCAAGCACCACAACAUCAAGGACCUGAAGCUAGCCUUCAGCGAGUUCUACCUCAGCUUAAUCCUUCUCCAGAACUACCAGAACCUGAAUUUUACAGGUUUUCGUAAGAUCCUGAAAAAACAUGACAAAAUCCUGGACACGAGUCGUGGAGCCGACUGGCGUGUGGCUCACGUGGAGGUGGCUCCUUUUUACACCUGCAAGAAGAUCACCCAGCUCAUCACCGAGACAGAGACGCUGGUCACCACAGAACUGGAGGAAGGAGAUCGUCAGAGGGCCAUGAAGAGGUUGAGAGUUCCUCCUCUGGGAGCAGCUCAGCCUGCUAUGGCCUGGACGACCUUUCGAGUGGGUCUCUUCUGUGGCUUCUUCAUCAUUCUGGGUGCCGCCUUUGUUCUCACUGGUGCUGUUUUCAUCCGCUAUGAGAACAUUUGGCCUCUGGUGCGGAUCUAUCGCGGUGGCUUCCUGUUGAUCCAGUUCCUCUUCCUGCUGGGAAUCAACACCUACGGAUGGAGACAGAAUGGAGUCAACCAUGUCCUCAUCUUUGAGAUUGAUCCACGAAACAACCUGUCACACCAACACCUGUUUGAGAUUGCUGGGUUCCUGGGCGUGCUAUGGUGCCUCAGCAUACUCUCAUGUCUAUACUCAGAAUACACCUACCUCCCCAUGCAGAUCAACCCUCUCAUUCUUUAUGGCUUCAUGUUGCUCUUCCUCAUCAACCCGUUGAAAACUUGCUACUACAAGUCCCGCUUCUGGCUCCUCAAACUGCUGUUUCGUGUUUUCACUGCACCGUUUCAUCGUGUGGAAUUUGCAGACUUCUGGUUGGCAGAUCAGCUCAACUCUCUGGUGUUUGUUCUCAUGGAUUUGGAGUAUCUCAUCUGCUUCUACAUAUUUGAGCUUCAGUGGAGCAACAGCAAGGGGUUACUACCCAAAGAUACCAACGAGCACAUUUGCCACAGCUACUCGUACGGCCUGCGUGCCAUCAUCCAGUGUCUGCCUGCCUGGCUUCGUUUCAUCCAAUGCCUGAGGCGUUACCGCGACACCAAGAGGGCCUUCCCACAUCUGGUCAACGCCGGCAAAUACUCCACCACCUUCUUUGUGGUCACCUUCGCAGCCCUCUACGCCACACACAACGAACAAGGACACACAGAUGCGGAUAUGUUUUUGUACCUUUUGAUCGUGUUCUCCACCAUCAGCUCCCUCUACACGCUGAUCUGGGAUCUGCGCAUGGACUGGGGUCUGUUCGAUCGGGGAGCUGGGGAAAACACCUUCCUGAGAGAAGAAAUUGUCUACCCACACAAGGCCUACUACUACUGUGCCAUAGUAGAGGAUGUGAUCUUGCGUUUUGCCUGGACGAUCCAGAUCUCCCUUUCAACAAUGACCAAGACUCACUCUAUAGGGGACAUCGUGGCCACCGUCCUGGCUCCUCUUGAAGUCUUCAGGCGGUUUGUGUGGAACUUCUUCCGUCUGGAGAACGAACACCUGAAUAACUGUGGUGAGUUUCGUGCUGUGAGAGAUAUCUCAGUGGCGCCGCUCAACGCUGAUGACCAGACGUUGCUGGAGCAGAUGAUGGACCAGGAAGACGGUGUCAAGAACCGCUCAGGCAAAAAGGCCUGGAAGAGGUCCUACAGCCUGUCUCUCCGACGCCCCCUGCUGUCCUCCUCGCAAUCCAAGAAGGACACAAAGGUGCUGAUUGAGGAUAUGGAUGACGAGGCCUUCAGCUGAGCACAUAAUUCGCACAUAGGCACCACACUAUAUUUAUAAGGACCUUCUUUCCUCUCCCCCUCCAUAUUAUAACAUGUUAGCUCAAACAUUACUGUAUAACAUUCAAUAAAUGAGGAAAGUCAUCAGCUUUACAGAACUUACCUCAUCUUUUAAACUCCUUUAAAGUGUUGAAAGUUGGUCUUUAUAAGUAUAGCAAACCCAUUACACAAUCCAGAGACACAGAAACACAAAGACAAACCUGCUGAAGCACAAGCAACGUGUCAUCUUGGUACUGUUGAGGAGAGAGCUACAUUCACACAGAUGGACUGGUGUCAAAAAAAAAAACCUUCACUUAACUUACAGAAGCAGAACACACUGCCUGGGAUGAUUUAAUGCUUUUAUUAUAUAAAAAUGACUUCUUUAGUAUCUACUUUUCUUUUUUUUUACUAUGAUAUGUUUCAGGCUUUUUUAGUUUCUCUUCAGGACAGGCUGCAGACGACUGUUCACAUGCCUUUCUAACCACACUAGGAUCAACAGGGAGAAGAAGAAGAAGAAGCCAGUAAAAGACUAAAACCCUAUAGAUCUACGGACUGAACAGCUUAUCUAACAAAUCAACUGGUUUCAACUUGUUGAUUCUUUUUAUACUCCUUUUAUUAAGUUCCUUUUUUCCUUUAGUUGUAGUACGUCAGCGAACGAUCACAACCCUUGAAGCGCUUGCAGGAAAAGUGCGUUUACAACAUAAAACAAGGAAAAAUUUCGUUAAAAAAAGAUGUUUUCUAUUCAAAUACUUCUGUUUGAAAUUUCUUUACUGUAUGUUUUCAAGUGUAUUACUACUAUAGAUGUGUUGUUUAUACUAAUGAAACUAGUUUGAACCUCCUCACUUUGACUGUUGAUGUAUUUUAUAAUGUUAAACGUGCCACGUUUUUAUGAAAAACACAGAGCCCUGCAUUACUCCCCAACAUUAAUUAGUGGAUUUUAAAUCUAUGAUGUUGUCUAAAGGUGCUCUUUUACACUAACUACAGCUAAGGUGCAUGCAUUGCAAUUAACACCGGUUACCAAAGUUUUCUUCCGAUGAAUGUGUCUCAAAUAAGAAAAAACUAGAUCAUUAAGUCUGCCUGAACAAGUCAAUAGAUAACAUAGCCAGAGAGUUUUUUUCUUCAUAACCCUAAACCGGCUCUAUUUCCCAAACUCUGCUUUUUUAGGCUGUUUGAGGCUUAUUAGACACACAAAUGGGGAUCUGGUUAAAUAACGUGCCAUGAUAUACAAAAGUUUUUUUUAUAUAGGUGUGUCUCACUAAAGAUUUGUUGCACACAGAAGGACAUUUUGAAGUGUUUAUCCCUGUUUACUCUUACGAUUGUGGCAAACAGCAACUGAAAAAUAAAUAUUCAGUUUCUCCAGGAAUUUGAAUAUUUUUUAAGACAACAAAAAUUAGAGUGGACCAGUUAAAGGAUGUAAUUUUGCAUGAAUUAAUGUCUCAAUGGUGGAGAACAACCCAUGGUGAUGCCAGCCCAGGCUGAUUUAAUAGCGUCCUCUAGCUCUUCUCCUAACAUCCGAAUAUGGACCAGUUGUUAUUAACUCCAGCUGCUUUUAAAGUCUUAUAAAAAUCCCUCAAACUCAUGAAUAGGCUUUGGUUUCAAGACUAAGUUUAUCCCUGUUACUUGUACAGUCUUUUUAUUUUCAUUCAACUUUCCAUCUGUAUGCCUGCUCAAGGCAAUAUCAUUCUUCCUUAACAGAGGUCUUUUGUAGAUUAUAUUGUGUAAACCACAUUAACUAAACACAUCUGGGAUUAAACUAAACUGUUGGUUAGCUGUGAGCCAUAAUCAUCAAAAUAACAGAAACUAAUACUUUAAAUUGUCCCUCUGUGUGUCAUAAAUAUGAAUUAGUUUUACUUUUUGAAGUCAAGUACUGGCAUAGAUGAACAUUUCUUCUUUGAUAUAAUCAACUGAGAUGCACCUGUAAUAAAAAUCAAGAUUAGAUAUGAUGCUGAUCAUCUACAAACAGAAACAAAGACAGCUUCAUAUUUGGAUGCUUGCUGUCCAGAUAGAGAUUAAAUCAUUGUUUAAGUUUAGGAAUAAAGUCUCUGUAACAGUUCUGCUAAAAAAAAAAAAAACAUUACUGGAAAUAUUCGAUAUGCAGGAUCACAGCCCCAGCUAAAUAACAAAAAGUCUUUAUGCUGACAUGAAAGGCCAAUUUGUUUUUUAUUUUGCGCUAGGAUUCAGCUAAAAAACAUAGAGAAAUUUAGCUUUUAUAUUUCUAGUAAGGAAAAAAAAGCUAUUCUGCCUUUCUUCAUGUUCCUAAUCUUCAGUGUAGCCUGUUUGACUGCAGGUGUUGUGGUCGCUUCAGAUACACCUACUGAUGUCUACUUAUAUCUCAUAUGCUGGCUUUGCUCACAUAUGUUUGAAAUAUCUGUAAGUUGGUUCCUGCUUCUAGAAAAGAGACCCUGGCUGUACAAGAAAAGAUGGGGCUUGAACUCCUAUCUGAGCUUAAUGUGAAGUGGAAAGUUUAAAGGAGGGAAAACCUCUCUGUCCAUAUCAAUACUGUGCACAUACACUAUAACAGACAUUCACACGCACACUGACAGCCCACAUUGCCUCUUUCUCGUCGGAGUGCAGUGCUGUACAAAGGUUGUGUCGUCUUGCCUGCAUGCUGCUCUAGUUUUUACUUUGUACAUAGCUCUUAAUUUAUUCGACAUAGUGUAUAUUAGUAGUCUUUGCACACACCGACAAUGAUGAAUUAGUUUUGGUAGCCAUUUGUGCUCCUGGACAAGCAGUAUUUUUUAGGUGACGAGGAGCUUUUUGUUCAUUGUUCACAGUCCUGCAAUCUUUGUUUUUUUUUUCCAUCUCUUCCUGUGUAAAGCUUUUGAAACGUGUUUUUAUAAAAAGGAAGAAGCAAUGUUUUACUGUAUCUUGUUGGUGGUUUCUUUGAAUUUCAAAGCCUCGUGUUGGGGGAAUUCCUGAGGCUGUUAAGCUGUUAAUACAUUCGUGAAAGUGCAUGAAAAUAGUUGUGAAAUCUGUUGUUGGUGACUGUCCUGCAGACAGAAGCACUUUGACACAUUUCACUGCAUCCCCGGAACAGACUGUGGUCCAAGAAGAAGAUAGUGAAGUGAUCCCAGAUCUCUGCCUGCGAGGAAAUGUUUAGAUGACCUGUGUCUGUUCAUCUACGCUGAAAAACAGGGUUAUUUUGUAUAGUUGAUGUUUGAUGAAAUGAUGGGGAAAAACAUCUCAUGUUUCUCUGAUUUUCUGUUGUCCACUGCUUGCUAAAACCUUCAUGAUGUAAAAGUGCUCAAAUGUGUGCAUUCCUCCUCCCUUAUCUUGAUGUUGUUCGUAGCCUUUCUCUGAGCUAUUUGAAUGUGAUAGUAACUGUAGUUUGGUAGGUGGAUGUUCUGCUUUGAGAAGAUACUUUAGAAAAAUAAGAAACAGUAAAUAAACUGUGGCUAAAUGUGAUUUUUAAGAGAAAUGAAAACGUUUCGUUGUCUGAACAUUUCUCCCGAAGUCACUUUUACAGAGUAGUUUGUACAUGUUGAGUGUUUAACGAUUCUUUCAUGGUAUUUGUAUUUCUGUAUACACUUUGGUGAUCCUGUCAUAUCUGGGUUUUAUAAACCAUGAUUAUUUUUA